CACUUUCGGCGGGGCUGAGGGGGGAAAAUGGCGCCGCCGAACUGAGAGCGGAGAGCGGACCCGGACCCGGACUCACGCGGAACACGUCAACAAUGGCCAACCUGGAACACAGGUCACCCAAUGUUCUCCUCCAGAGCCUGUGCUGCCGCAUCCUCGGCAAGAACGAGGCGGAUGUGGCACAGCAGUUCCAGUAUGCUGUAAGAGUUAUUGGAAGCAACUUUGCUCCAACUGUGGAAAGGGAUGAAUUCCUCGUGGCUGAAAAGGUCAAGAAAGAAAUGGUAAGACAGAGGAGGGAGACUGAUGCAGCUUUGUUUUCGGAACUUCACCGUAAGCUGCAGUCACAGGGUGUACUAAAAAAUCGAUGGGCUAUACUCUACCUCUUGCUAAGCCUGAGAGAUCCACGGAAACCUCAGAGCAAGGUUGCCAACUAUGCAGCAUUAUUUGCUCAAGCUUUACCGAGAGAUGCCCAUUCUACCCCCUACUACUAUUCAAGGCCCCAGACUCUCCCGUUGAGUUACCCUGAUAGAACUUCCUCAACCCAGAGUUCUGGCAGCAUGGGAAGCAGUGGAGUCAGUAGCCUUGGUGUAUAUGGCUUAAAUGGACCAACACCCACUCCUCAGUCUUUAUUACCUGGGCAAACCUAUCAUAUUGCAGGAGUGGGAGAUGCACUUAGACAUCAACUAGGAUCGCGGUUUGCUUGGACAAUGUCUACUGCUCAGCCAUCAUCAUCGAAUACCUCAAAGGGCCUUCCAAAUUCCAUAACACGUAGUUCAUCGCGGUUGAGGCGUGAAGGAGAACUCAGCUCAUCUUCAUAAGCAACCCUUGUCAGAGAUAUUCUGUACGUCUUCCAAGGAAUUGAUGGCAAAUGCAUCAAAAUGUGUAAUUCUGAAAAUUGCUACAAAAUUGAUUCUAAGGUGGGAAUAUCAAAGUCGCUUCGAGAUACCACAAGUAGAUUAGCAGAACUUGGGUGGCUUCAUAACAAAGUGAGAAAGUACACGGACCAGAGGUGUUUAGACCGUGCAUUUGGGCUUGUGGGCCAGAGUUUUUGUGCUUCCUUGCAUCAGGAACUAAAGGAAUAUUACAGGUUGCUGUCUGUUUUACAUUCCCAGAUACAAGUGGAAGAUGACCAAGGUGUAAAUGUGGGACUUGAAAAUAGUUUAACAUUGCGUCGUCUGUUAAUCUGGACUUAUGAUCCCAAGAUACGACUGAAAACCCUAGCAGCACUUGUUGAUCAUUGUCAAGGAAGGAAAGGUGGAGAGCUGGCUUCUGCUGUCCAUGCCUAUACUAAAACAGGAGACCCCUACAUGCGGUCACUGGUGAAGCACAUUCUGUGUCUUGUGUCUCAUCCCAUCUUUAACUUCUUGUAUCGCUGGAUUUAUGAUGGAGAGCUGGAAGACACAUACCAUGAGUUUUUUGUAGCCUCUGAUCCAACAGUGAAGACUGAUAGACUGUGGCAUGAUAAAUACACUCUGCGAAAGUCAAUGAUUCCUUCCUUCAUCACAAUGGAUAAGGCCAGAAAGGUGCUUUUGAUAGGAAAAUCUAUUAAUUUCUUACAUCAAGUGUGUCAUGACCGAACACCUACUGCAAAGAUGAUGGCUGUUACAAAAUCUGUUGUUUCACCAAAAGAUGCGGCUGCUUUGUUCACUGAUUUGGAAGGUGCAUUCCAGGAAAAAAUCGAUGCCGCUUACAACGAGACCAGUAAAUAUCUACUUGACGUUCUGAACAAGAAUUACCAUUUGCUGGAACACAUGAAGGCAGUGCGACGCUACUUGCUAUUGGGUCAAGGAGACUUUGUUCGACACCUGAUGGACUUGUUAAAACCAGAGCUGGCAAGAUCAGCCUCCACGUUAUAUCAGCAUAAUCUGACUGGAAUCCUUGAAACAGCCGUCAGAGCUACAAAUGCACAGUACGAUAGUCCUGAGAUACUCAAGCGCCUGGAUGUUCGACUGUUGGAGAUAUCUACUGGAGACACGGGCUGGGAUGUCUUUAGUUUAGACUAUCAUGUGGAUGGCCCAAUUGCGACAGUGUUUACUCGAGAAUGUAUGAGCCACUACUUAAGGGUAUUCAACUUUCUUUGGAGAGCAAAGCGAAUGGAAUAUGUUCUUACAGACAUAUGGAAGGGACAGAUGUGUAAUUCCAAACUGUUAAAAAGCAUACCAGAGCUAUCGGGGGUGCUUCAUCAGUGUCACAUCUUGGCUUCGGAAAUGGUCCAUUUUGUCCAUCAAAUGCAGUAUUACAUUACUUUUGAGGUGUUGGAAUGCUCUUGGGAUGAACUAUGGAAUAAAGUGCAGCAGGCACAGGAUCUUGAUCACAUCAUUGCUGCUCACGAAGUUUUCUUAGAUACAAUAAUUUCUCGAUGCCUGUUGGACAGUAACUCUGAAGCACUUUUAACUCAGCUUCGAGCUCUCUUUGAUCAAAUCCUGGAGUUUCAGAAUGCCCAGGAUUCCAUGUAUAGAUCUGCACUGGAGGAAUUGCAGCUCAGGCUUGCUUAUGAAGAAAAGAAGAAACAACUUGAAAUGGAGGGCGAGUGGGGAGAAACGGAACAAAAGGCAGAAAGCAAAAGAAUUCACGAAUUCCAGCAGUUAAUACCAAAAAUGUGUUCCCAGAUACGUGUGUGUUCCCACUUCUAUCAGGAUAUUGUUCAGCAGUUCCUGGUAUUAUUGACAAAAAGUUCAGACGAAAGCCUUCGAUUCCUUAACUUCAGACUUGACUUCAAUGAACAUUACAAAGCCAGAGAUCCUCGGCUGCGUGUUUCACUGGGCACCACUAGGGGGAAAUACAGUUCAGCAAUAUAACCGUGCAGUGGCAUUUACACUCUUUAUAAAUAGGGCUACUUCUCAUUUUUUGUUCUCCUCUUCCUGUAAUCCUGUUUAAAACUAUAGUUGUAUUGGUUGCCAGUAAUGUAUUGGUCUCAGAAAGUGCACCAUGGGGGGUGGGUGGGGGGGGAGCACAAACAUUAGUAAUUAUCUUAACGAUGAAAGUUAACACUCCCUUGAAUAAGCAUUGUAUUCCAGAGCACAGACAGAUAAUGGGUCUGCCUUUGUAAGUUAUUUAUACUCUUAAUAUUUUCUUUCUGUAUUAAACUGAAUCUUGUUUCGAUUGGCAA